AACAGGGUGGAGUCUUGCUACUGGAGCUCUAUCUGACAACUCCAAUGCUGCCGAUACCCCAACCCAGUUAAAUCUCGAAACGGAGAAAAACAGCUACAGAAGAAAAACUGGAAAGGCAAGUCAACGCACUAGGUGGAAAGACCCACAGAUCAGGUCAAAACAAGAUAAGAAAGCACCAGCCCUCUGCUCUGUUGACAUAACCUCAAGGCUAGAGAGAAAAGGACGUUGGGUAAAGAAUUGAGAGGAAUCAGGAGAUUCCAGACCACUGAUAACGCGAGAAUUAGCCAAACAACCCCACUGACUUUGCUUUUUUUAUUUUAUGACUUAAAAAUACUUUUUGUAGGAAAAUCUUUGCUCUAUAGAUUGAAGGGGCUGGGAACAUACAUUUUCUAUAAUUCCAUCAGGCUCUUUUUGCAAGUUCUGUCCUUGUUUUGUUUUGAGUUAAAUCUCUCCCCUUCUUUCUAGCUUAUUGUUACUUUUCUACACUCAGAAAAGCAUUGAGACGCCAGUUGCAGACACACCUUUUUUUAUUUUUUAAAGGUGAUUUUGAGCUAUAAUUAUCCAAAGUGUGUACACACACACACACACACACACAGAGAGAGAGAGAGCAGGUGGAAUAUUGCAUUUCAUCAAUGCUGAGUAAUUGAAUUUAAAACAGGAAAGGAAGAGGGAUUGGGAUUAAUUUGCUUUGAGGAAAUUGAUCAAUAAGGGAUAGGCCAGGGAUCAGUUUGGAAUCAGUUUUUUUGGGGAGGGGGAAACAUUUAAAAAACCAACUUUCAUAGAAACUUCAAAGUGCCUAACAAAGAUUUUUUUUUUUUUUUAAUACCUUGGAUUGACCAAGCAGAACUAAAUAGAUUCUGGAACAAGAAUUAGACUGUUUUAAAAGGAGCUAUUUAUUAUAAUCUUAUCCUUUUUAGAUGUACUUUUUUUUUAUUAAUUUGAACAAAUUUAAUGGGAAGGAAGGGGAAUCUAAAUUAAUAGACAGGAAGAGGAAAGCGCUCUGAACCGGAUAAAUGAAUAAGAGUUCGUUUUGCUUAAAACACACUAGUUUUAUAUCCUUGAAAGGAACAUAGUCCUUGAUUGUUACUGGACAGACUUGACGUGUUUGUAAAGGCUAGGUUGAGACGUGGGGAUUUUUUUUUUUUUUUUUUCAGAAGCAGGUUGUGGUGGUUGUUGUUGGUUACCCCCCUCCAGUCGUGUUCAGUGGAAUCGGCUUCCCUGAGAAUUUGUAGAGUCAGGGACGGGAGCGAAAUACGUGACAGUCAGACUGCUGCGGAAAGUGAACCGGGAUUGCAGCUGGCGCUGCUUGCCGGAGAGGGACCAGCCCGCGCGAUCCGCUCCCUGCCCCGGUGAAUGUACUAAGGACACCGAGGGGCACUGUGGAAGGGGUUUUGUCUGGGCCAGAUGGAGCCCCGACUCGAGCAGGUGGAUCCCAUGGCUACGAAAGGGGACGAUGUAAACACGGAAGUCGCCACACCUGAAAUCUGCCAAGCCCCUCUGGGGCUAGAGGAGGACACUGCUGGCAUGGGGGAUGAAACCCAAGCGGCAGCAGGGCAAGGCCGUAUGCUGAAUGGGCAGGGGCUAGGAAGCCCAAAGGGGAUUGGGGUAACGCAUAGCGAGGAGGCUCCUUCUGGGCAGGGCAGCUCGAGCUGCCAGCAGGCCGCAGGCCGGGAGCAUGAGGACACCCCGAGGAAGGAUCCGUCCCCGAGAGCAGGGCCCAGUGACGAAGCCAGGCAGCUGGAGCGUGGGGAGCCAGAAGGAAGAGCGGACCCCAAAGAGAAGCAGCCUCCCCCGAGUGGGAGCAUCCAAACGGGAGGUGUCGACUCCCCGCCGGACGACCCCAUCUCCAGCCUUAGCCCAGGCGCCGCAGAGCAGGCGUCUGACGCCACCAAGGCCCGGCCCCCAGCCGGCGAGCCCGAGCCUGACUUCUACUGCGUGAAGUGGAUCAGCUGGAAAGGGGAGAGGACACCCAUCAUCACCCAGUGUGAGAACGGGCCCUGCCCACUCCUGGCCAUCAUGAACAUCCUGUUCCUGCAGUGGAAGGUGAAGCUCUCCCCCCAGAAGGAAGUGAUCACGUCGGACGAGUUGAUGGCGCAUCUCGGCGACUGCAUCUUAUCCAUCAAACCCCAAGAGAAUUCGGAAGGGCUGCAGCUCAACUUCCAGCAGAACGUCAACGAUGCCAUGAUGGUCCUGCCCAAACUGUCCACGGGGCUCGACGUGAACGUGAGGUUCACGGGCGUCUCCGACUUCGAGUACACCCCGGAGUGCAUUGUCUUUGAUCUCCUGAACGUCCCGCUGUACCACGGCUGGCUGGUGGACCCGCAGAGCCCGGACGCGGCCCAGGCCGUGGGCAAGCUGAGCUACAACCAACUGGUGGAGAAGAUCAUCACCUGCAAGCACUCGAGCGACCCCAACCUGGUCACCGAAGGCCUGAUCGCCGAGCAGUUCCUGGAGUCCACAGCCACCCAGCUGACCUACCACGGGCUGUGCGAGCUCACGGCCGCCGUCAAAGAGGGGGAGCUGAGCGUCUUCUUCAGAAACAACCACUUCAGCACCAUGAUCAAGCACCAGGGCCACCUAUAUCUGCUGGUCACGGACCAGGGCUUCCUGCAGGAGGAGAAGGUGACGUGGGAGAGCCUGCACAACGUGGAUGGGGACAGCUGCUUCUGUGACGCGGAGUUCCACCUAAGCCACACCCUGGGGAAGGAGGCGGCCGGCAGCUCCCCCCAGGAGCAGAGGCAGGUGGACCAGGACUACAUGAUAGCCCUGUCCUUGCAACAACAGCAGCAAGGCCCCUCUGCCCUGAGCGACCUAGAGCUUGCGCGCCAGCUGCAGCAGGAGGAAUACCAGCAGCAGCAGCAGCAGCCAGCGACGCCUCCUGCGCAGGGGAGAGCUCAGCCGUCCAGCCGGCCGGCCGGGGAACGCAGGCAGAGACACAAGCAGGAGUCGGACUGCGUCCUCCUCUAGAGCCGCUCGCCCCCUGCCUACUGCUUUCGGACCCCUCGCCCUCCCACGGUCCUGCCGCGUCACCGUAAAGACUCCCAGACGACAGCCCCUGCGGGGCUCGCCUCACCUCGCCUCCGGUUCCCCCGCCUGCCGCCCUCCCCAGCACAGGACCCGCGUCCCUAAGAACUCGGUCCUGGCUCCCGCACUGCGGGGGUGAAACCUCGGGCCGUGCUGCUGGUGUUUCCCCGGCCCCUGGCCUGUACAUCGCAGCGCGUUGGGGCCGGGAGGGACCUCGCAGGGCAGAGUCCAGCUGGGCUGUGCAUCGCCUGGGGUUUCUCCUCGCCCCCGACGCCCUCAGCUGUACCUCGCACUUCUGAGCUCUCACCAAAGAUGCCGAGUGUUCUCCUCUCCCAGCUCACGCCGGGGCCAGGCCCGGGGCUGCUCUAACUCCUGCUGGCACGCUUUGAGCUUCCUCCCUGCAGAGCUCUGUGGUGGAGGCAGAGUUCAGUGAUCAGAGCCCGGACUCCUGGGUUCCAUUUCCAGCUCCGGGAGCGGAGUAGGGUCUAGUGCCUAGAGCAGGGUGGGGCUGGGAGCCCGGACUCCUGGGUUCCAUUCCCAGCUUCGGGAGCGGAGUAGGGUCUAGUGCUUAGAGCAGGGUGGGGCUGGGAGCCAGGACUCCUGGGUUCUAUUCCCAGCUCUUGGAGGGAAGUGGGAUCAGUGCUUAGAGCAGGGUGGGGGUGGCAGUGGGAGCCAGGACUCCUGGGUUCCAUUCCCAGCUCUCACCCUGCCUUGCUGGGGGAUGCUGGAGCAAGUUGCUUCCCCCCCCUCCCCGUUCCUCCAUUUCUCCAUCUGAUAAAGCGGGGGGCAGAGGGGAGAAAAGGGGGGAUGGGACCGGUGCACCCACUCCUUCCUCAGCUAGAAGCAGCUGUGAUGCUGUGAAAACACAGAGGCUUAUUUAACAGGGACGAAGCGGCAGCUGCCAGCCUCCCUCGGGCGGGGGCAGCUAACUCACCGAGCGUGCCAGGCAGCUGCCCGGUGCCUCUCGUGAAUUCAGUGCAGGAUCUCUGGGGCAGGGGGAGCACUUACAAAGGUGGAGGGACACCCGUGUGUCCCUCUCCUGCCGCAGGUGCAAGGAAUGCUCUGCACGGCCUUAACACAGACAGGAGAAUGCAGAAGGUCCCUAGGGUGCUAGCCCGUGAGUUGCUGCCUCCUUGUUUCGAUUCUCAUGGCAGGGCGAGCGCAGAAUCCGAACAAGCACAUUUUUCCGCCCCUCCCCCUCACUGCUCCUGUGUAGGAGCCGAUCCCAUCUAGUCUCCCCUUGAGCAGGCCCGAUCCUGCACUCAGCGGUGCCGCGGGGAAUUCGGCGGGCAAGGCCGUCGGCUCUAACUAACUAAGGCAGCGUUGGCUGAGGAGCGGGGGGAUCUGUCGGGUCAGAACUCUCUGUCCAGCCCAGUGACGGGAUCCGAGCUGCAGGAAGCGCAUUUUCAGGGUGCAUUGAAAUAAUUACAGAGUAAAGCGCUCAGAGCGUAGGAGGCAGGGGGUGGGUUUGGAUGUAAAUUCCUUGCUGGCGCUUUCCCUUAGCCCUCUCCGCCAUGGCAGCGUCCUCCCUCCAGCAGGGAUGGGUUAAACCAGGCCCUGUGGAACACAGCCCGAGGAAGGAUGGUGGGUCAUUGCCUGGGCCGAACCUCGUUGGCAUCAGCAGCCACCUAGCUGGGUCGGGGGAGGCACUCGGAGCUUUGCAAGAUGCUGAGUGAUGCAGGACACUCCUGGUCUAGCAGCAGCCAGCAGGAUUUGCAGCUCGAGGGGGGGAGAGUGCGGUUACCCCGGCUCCCGGAUCACUGCACACUGGAUCUCAGUGCCUCCCAGGGAGGAGGAGAAUUGACCGAGAUGCUUGUGGCCAUUCCAGGUCAGCGGUGGCCGAGCCCACAAAAAUGGCCAAUAUCCCACAAAAAGCAUCUCUUGUUCCCGUCCUUUUCUGGUUCUGCCCAAUCCCUCGUCCUCGUCUAGACAGCCUCCUCCCCA